AUGGUGCGGAGGCAGAGCGACAUCGACUGGUAUAGCGUGUUUCUGUCCGCCUUUUCUCACGACGGCGCGGUCGACACCAGCUCCGACUCCCCCGUGCCAGCACCGCAAGCCCCCGCGUCUCCAGGUGGCCGCCAAAGGUUUGAGGAGCCGCACAACGAGUUCGAGCAGCGCUUCGGCCCCAGCGCGCCGGUUGAUGAUGGGCCGCACUUCCGACUCACCCGUGCAGCGACCAAGGCUGCUAUUGGUUUGGGACCAGAUGUGGAUGUUCCUGCUGCUUCUAAGGGCGUAGAUGAUUUCAGUCCGGUAGAUGAGGAUGAGCAACGGGAACAUGUGAGCCACGAACACUGUUCGAAGUCAUCUCCCAAGUUUAGUGGGCAGAAGAAGAAUGAUGGCCAGGCUCAUAUUGGUUUGGGACCGGAUCUUCCUUCUGCUUCUAAGGGCGUAUACGAUUUCAGUCCGGUGGAUGAGGAUGAGCAGGGGGGACAUGUGAGCCGCAAACAUUGUUCGAAAUCAUCUCCCAAGUUUAGUGGGCACAAGAAGAAUGAUGGCCAGCUACCCUUGAAUAAAAGGAGAAACCAAGGCCAUGGUGGAAAAAGGAAACCUUCUGUGAACAAACGGAGGGCUCAUGCCACUGAUCCAGAGGAGUCUGAUUAUGAAAGUUCACUUCCCAGUAGAUUCUCUAAGAGGAGGAAGCAACAGCUUCAGAAUUCAUCUUCUGUUCAUUUUCGAAAGGUUCAAGAUGUGGUUCUAUUGGAUGAUGAAGAUAUGGAACCGAAGGAAGAAGUAAACUGUGAGAUGUCUGACAGACUGAAUGAACCAAAGAUCUACUACCCAUCAAGAGAUGAUCGAGAAGCUGUCGUGCUCACCAGAUAUGAUAUUAAAUGUCUUGAUCCUGAAGUAUUUUUGUCUUCACACAUGAUAAACUUCUACAUCAAGUACAUCGAAAGGACCAGAUUGUGUAAUGAAAAUUUCAGAGACAAAUUCUACAUAUUGAACAUGUAUUUUUUUGGAAAGCUUGAAAAAGCAUUGUUUCAGCGGCGUGACUUUCCAAAGUUGAGAAGAUGGUGGAAAGGUGUCAAUAUAUUCAAUAACGCAUACAUCAUCUUGCCUAUCCAUGCGAACAUAAAGGACAGGAAAUUGGAAGCAGACAACUCAAAAAUGGUCGUAGAGGUUGGUGACGCUGCUAAGAGUAUAAAAGGCAUCAGUGUUGCAGAAUCAGAUGAAGCAAGUGGGGAGUUUGGAGACACUGAAGCAGCCUCAUGCUCAGAUAGUGUCGUCAAAGACAAUAAAGGUACAGUAAAAGUAGAUUCUGGCAACUUAAAAGCUGAGAAUGAAGGCAAACCGAUUGUGACUGCAUCGCCAGAUAGAUUGAAGGGGACUGAGGAGGUCAUCGGUAGCACGCCAAUUCCGGAUGCAGUUAGUGACAGCGGUGUGAAAAGAUCAGAGGGGAAUGAGGAGGUCACUGGUAGCAUGCCAGUUCCGGAUGCAGUUUGUGAGAUCAGUGGGACCAAGGUGUGGAUCACAAGAGUUUACAGACGAACAAGUGAAACAACGUUGGAACCUGGCAAUUGGUGUUGGAGCAGCGGCGGAUCCAGCAGGGAUGCACGCAGGAAAUUCAUAGAACAUUUCUCUCGAAAACAGUAA